AUGGGAGUAAAAGCAGUGAUUUUAGCAGGUGGUAGUAGUAUCGGAACUCGUUUCAGGCCCUUGUCAAUUGAUACUCCAAAAGUAUUAUUUCCAAUUGCAGGGAAACCUUUAUUGACCCAUAUAAUUGAUAAUUUAGUCAGUCAAUUGGGUGGGGAUUUAGAGGAGGUGUUUCUUAUUAGUUUUUUCAAAGACUCCACGCCAUUUGAUGAAUAUGUUGAUGAAAUAAAGAGAAUUUAUCCAGAUUUGAAGGUCAGCAUCUUGAUUGAACCUUAUCCAUUGGGUACUGGUGGAGGUUUGAAUUACUUUCGUAAGCAAAUUUUAGGAUCAAGUGGUGAUCACAAAAUUUUAUUAAUCCAUGGGGAUGUAAUUUGUAAUUAUCCUUUCAAAGAAAUGAUUCAAUUUUAUGAAAAGAAUAAGGCUGAUGUUGCAAUUUUAGGUAUUGAUCCUCUUCUUUUGGUUGAUGGGUAUCAAAAUCUUAGUGAUACUCCCGCUAGUUUUAAGUAUUAUGACAAAGAGCGGAUUUUCACUAAUUUCGGUACUAUCAUAUCCAAUAAAGAAACUUCUAAAAUCAUUCAUUAUGUUGAAAAACCUAAAACGAGUAGUUUUGCCCAAUUUCAAGAUACAACUUACUCUAUCAAUAUUAAUGGUGGGGUAUACGUUUUCAACGAUACUGUAUUUAACUUAUUGGAAAAAGCUCAAGAGGUUAAAAGUGCCAAAAGUAAUUUACUCGAUUAUGAUUUAACUAACGAUGCUUCGAAAUCAAACAUUUUAUCUUUUGAACUUGAUGUUUUCAAAAUUUUACCAUCCGAGAAAAAUAUAAAGUUUCUUAAUUUUAAAUCAAAUAGUUUAUGGUACCAAUUGAAAACCCCGAUUUUUGCUCUUCUUGCCAAUAGUUUUUUCUUGAAACAGAAUCAUUUGAAAUCUUCGCUGGCUAACGUCAGGUCCCCUAUUCAAGUGAGUGAUGAUGUCAUUAUUCCUCAUGAUUCAUUAAUGGGUCCAAAUGUCUCUAUUGGUAAAAAUGUCAAACUCGGUAAAGGAAUAAGAUUAAAGAAUUGUAUCAUUGCUGAUGACGUUAUCAUUGAUGAUCAUACCAUUAUUUCUAAUGCCAUUGUUUCUAAAGGGGUCAAGAUUGGUAAAUGGUGUAGAAUUGAGGGUACCGUUAACACUCCUACCGUUAAUAAAGAUAUCAGUCUGUUUAAUUCCGACAAUUAUCUUAAGUUGAUUAAUAAUAUCGUGGUUUUAUGUCAGGAUACCAUUGUUGGGCAUCAAGUCUUUGUUUACAAUUCGAUUGUAUUACCUCAUAAAGAGCUCAAGAAUGAUGUCAAGUACGAGAUUGUCAUGUAA